AUGGCUUCAUCCAUUCGAAGCAACUGCCGUAAAAUCGUCGCCAUUGGUCGUAAUUACGCAGAUCACAUCAAGGAGCUGAACAAUGCGGCACCAAAACAGCCCUUUUUCUUUUUGAAGCCUCCCAGUUCGAUCCUUCUUCCCGGGCAGGGCCCGAUAUUGCGGCCGUCUGGCGUCAGCCUACACUACGAGGUCGAGUUGGGAUUGGUGAUGGGCAAGGGUUUGCGGAACCUGGACCCUCAGGACGAAGAGACAGCCCUCAGUUCGAUUGGCGGUUACCUUGUCAGCAUUGAUAUGACUGCGCGUAAUGUGCAAGACGAAGCAAAGAAAAAGGGUCUUCCUUGGUCAAUUGCUAAGGGUUUCGACACCUUCCUGCCGGUCAGCUCAUACAUUCCUAAAGCAAAAAUUCCCAACCCGCACAAGGCCGACCUAUGGCUGUCUCUCAACGACCAGCUCCGUCAAAAUGAUAGCACCGAGCUCAUGAUAUUCCGCAUCCCGCGCAUCUUGAGCGACAUUUCUCGCGUCAUGUCCUUAGAACCAGGCGACAUUGUCCUGACUGGAACACCGAAGGGUGUCGGUGAGGUCAAGACUGGGGACAAGUUGAAGGCCGGCAUCCGGGUGGAUGGCAAAGACAUCAACGAGGGCGCGAUAGACGUAACAGUAGCUGACAGCCCAAGUGCUUACAAAUUCGGAGAGUGGUAA